AUAUGGGUAUUUCAGCAGCUUUUGUGUGUGUACACAAUUAUUAAGACAUGUCCUCUAUGUCUCACUCAUAUGCUUUCCGAGAAAAAAUGUUCUGAGUUGACCAAAGCAUGUUUGAGAAUUCCAAUGCAACUGAGCAGCCGAAGCAGAGCUUGAGGCUGGGCCUGGUCUCCUCCAGCCCAGCAGCACAAAAGAGCGGCAGCGGCAGCAGCAGCAGCCAACACCUGAAGAACCUGGGCAAGGCCGUCGGAGCCAAAGUGAAUGACCUGUUGCGCCGCAAAGAUCCCAGCAGUCUGGGGGACAUCGGGGUUACAGAGGUUAACAAGAAUGUGGAGGCAGUGUGGGCCAGUCUGGCCGAGAUGGGCCACGGCACAACCGCUAACAGUCACAUUUCCUUGGACCCCUUCCCUCGUCUGGAUCCACCACCUCCCACCAGCAAGAAGCGUCUUCCUCGGGCUUUGAAGACCACUCAGGACAUGAUGAUCUCCUCUGACCCUGUGGUAGCCUCCCCCGAAGUCUCUGAUUCCUCCCUCCUCUCCUCUCCAGAUAAGAACCGCCUCUUAUCCACAGGCAAAGCCCAGGAUCAACUCCAACCCUGCCCUGAAGAGUCUGGUCUGGAUCUAGAGAAACCUUCAGGACCCAGCGCCCUUCUGAAGCCCCAGAUAGAGGACGAGGUGAUGGGAUCUGAGGUGAAAGGGCAGUCCACUGAUACAGAUGCUGUGCAGAUGGCAGAUGAGCUGAAGGAACAAGAUGCUGCGAAUGAAGACCCGUCUCAGCUGCUUCGCUCUGUUCCUGACCUCAUUCACAAGGACAACCUGGAGCUCAAGCAAAAACUGACAAGCUUGGAGACCAGAAUGGCUUCCACACCAUGCCCAGGGAAAGGGGGCUGUCGCAUCAGCCUGAGUGAGGAGGAGCUCCUGGAGAAUGGUUCAGUGGACUACAAAAGCUGCAUGAGAAGCUCCAGCAUGGAAACAGAGGAACCCCACCCAGAUCUGCUCUCAUUUGAGUAGUUCCCUCGUACUAUGCAGGAGGACAGUGUCAAUAUCUUAUUCUUAAACAACAACCCAGUCUUCACCCCAGGUGUCUCAAUUAAGUGGUUCACCUGGAGAGCCGUCUUCACUAUGAAGUGCUGUUUGAUUUGAAUGGGGCGGAUGGUCACUGAUUCUACUGGCCGUGUGCCUUGAGAGAGCCAAGCAAAGCGGCUUCAUCUUUCUGAUCUUUAUUUGAACCACUGUGUAUUUCUAUGUAUGCACUAUAACAUGUUUAUUAUGCCUAAUUUUAUAUCGUAUCACCACAGAUGUAUUCUGACUAUAUUUUACAGCUCUAAUUUCUUAAGAGGAAAAAAUCACUAAUUUAGAUUUUUAAUCAUGUUCUGUCAGUUCGUUUAGCCUUUACAGAGGUUGUAUUAGUUUUAUGUGUUUUUGUACUAAAAGAUCGAAACUGCAGGCUCAUCAGUAGAAACCAAAGUGAGUACAUUUCAUAUGCUGUAAUACCUCUAAAGCUGUUCACGCACCCCGUAUCCUGCAUGGGCAGCUCAUUAUGUGUGAUAUUUUGUUUCACUCUGUCAUUCAUUUUGCUUCCAUCAGCUCAGUUUCUCCCAGAAAUCAGCAGCUAUAGGGGUAAGCUUACAAAUCCUGAGCCUUGUAGAGCAUAAAAUAGCUGAUGACAACACUCUAUUUUGUGUUUUGACUAUUUAAUUCGACAGGGACCUAUGCAUUCACAGCCAAGCAGAACAUGCUGGAGGACUGAGAAGGACAGAUGAAGAAUGUAGGGGCCGAAUUCCUGAUGAAUAGAAGAGCCUUUGUCUUUACUCCUGAAAGACUCAAACAACCUGUUCAAUAUACUAAUAUAAAAUAUAUACAAUAUAUUGGCUGUUGUUAAUCAAAGUUGCAUACGAUCAAAUCCGAUCGUAAAAGGAGUGCACAUAAAUUACACCAACAAUUUUGUUAUUUAUAUAUUCAAUGUAUAUUAUAUAUUUCAUUUCUGGCAUAUCUGUAUAGUCAGACUGGCGUCUGGUAGGAGUGUGUGUAAAUUUGAGCAUAAUAGUUCAUACAGUCUGAAAAAAUGCUUGAUUUGCAGUUAACUAAUCCGAACUACUAUAAAUUGAAUCUAUAAUACAAAUAAUAGGAAUAAAACUAUAAAUAACUAUACUACUAAUAAUUUGCACACAUGGCAGUCCAGUCCAAAAGUGGAUAUACUUGAUUUUACAUGCACAUUCGUAAAAAAAAAGGCUGCAACUGUUCCAUGUUUCGUUUGAAGAUACAUUACACAGUGCUUUUGUUUUAUACUACUGACAGCGGCCAAAAAAUAACAAAUACAAAAGACAGCUAGUGCAGAAGCAUCUCAUACACUGCAAUUAUAAAAUAUGUUUAAAUAUGUAAUUUUAGGAAAAUAAUCACACUACACUACACAAUCACAUUGUUAUGCGUUAAAAAAACCAUUAGGCAUUUUGUUCAUUUCACAUUUUAUUCUUUCCAGUUUUUGUAAUUUUAACACUAAAUUGUGGUCAGCAGGGGGAGCACUGCAGUCACUGCUCCACCACUGACUCACAAGCUGCUGAAUGCUGUCGUGUUAUUGGUCCACUACCAAAACAUCUGCAUGAAGGCUGUGCUUCAUGUAAAUGAUAUGUAAAUGAGGUGCUGUUAGGCUGGCGCUUGAUUUCACGCGCUGAAGCUGAUAAAUUUGCCUUUAAAUCUCUGCUUGUUUCAACAUCAUACAAAAGGUUCAUAAAUCAGACACAGAGUAGUUCAUACGUCAUUAAAGGGGAUGAAAUCUGCGCUCUUUUUAUGCUACUUUGAUAAAUAAGGGCCAAUAUGUAUUAGAACCAAUAUACAGUACAAUAUACUCUACUCAUUACAAACAUAUAGUGUGCCUGUAGCAAAGUGUAAUGACUAAAAGAACGUUUGUGUAUUUCCAAAGCAAGGUCCAGAAGCAAAGCUUGGCCACCCUGACCGGUCAGGAUGAGAAAUAGAGUCGGACAGAAUGAGGCACACUAGGUAGGAAAGCUCAAAGCAGCUUUUGAUGCCGGUUAGAACUGGAUGUGCAUCACAGAGCUUAUAGGGUCAUACAGUGGCUGUGGGUUUGUCAUGGCAAUAAUCGUCAAAGUGAUGGCAGGCUUGCGGAAUGGCACUAAUGAGGCGUCUGUCAGUGGAAAGGUAUGAGAACAGGCUCAGUGGAUCUGCGGAAUGUCAUAACUCAACACGAAUUUCGGCUGACCUCUCUUUGGUGUAGGCAGCCUCUGACUCCCCUGACCUUCAAAAGAGAUGUUUUCAGUGUCAGACAACUCUUUCUCUUUAAAAAAGGCUCCAAAACUUAACUACCUUCCACCGUCUCAAAAUAAAUGAAAUUACAAUAUAUAAAUAUAUAUGUUACACUAUGCCUAACACAAAGAAAAAAGCUCUAUUACAGUUUCAUGGGAGAUAUGCAAUAAUUAGUAAUUACAGUAUCUGAACACUGAAUACUCAUAUCUUUUACCAGGGGUUUUAUAUGAAGAGGAGUUGUGCAAUUGCAGUGAGUAAACGUGGGUAAACAGAAGGUUAGAAUGAAAAGCAGUACGUACCUGUGAAAUGCUCAAGUGAUGGAUUUAUUGUUCACUUAAAGUGCAUUGUGAAGAUGGAAAUGUUCUAUAAAUGUAACUCAAGGAUAAAUAUCUUGUCAUACAUGUCACACAAUUAAUUUGUUUACCAAUGUGUCUUACUUUCUGUCAUUCUUAGUAAGAGCUACAGUACGGGCUUGGAGUUGGAGUUGUCAGGGAGGACUCUUAGUCCUGAUUUUGAACACUAAAAUUUAGACAGAAAAUGGAGAAAAUUUACAAGAGGAUCGUAAUCGUUGUAUAAUUGCUGUGCUAAUGCUGGCCACUCGCUGUGUGCUGUAUUGGGUCAUAAAAUGUGGAGUAAAAUGUUUUUUAUGGAAUAUUUUAUGAUCCCUUUAAGAUUGCUAUGUAUAUGUGGUGGGGAAAAACAUCAAUGAAAAAAAAUGAUAUCUAUUUUAGUCAUAGUUUUAAAGAUGACUUUUAUACUGAGCUGUAAUGAAAUAAUGGGAAUGUAUUGAAAAAGGAUGAUUCUUUUUAUUACAGUGAUAUAUGUAGUUUGAUAAUUGUUCAGUGCUUUUUAAACUGUCAGUUAUCUGUGGUCUGAUCACUUUCACAAUGUUCUGAAAUGAAGGAAGAAAAGAAGUGCUGAAGGAAAGACUCCUGUUUAUGAAGGUUUGAUGAGCACACUAAAAUGUAGUUAGAGGUCCUCAAGUGUUCAAGCUUUUAUAUUAAAGACUUUUGUCAAAAGA